UCUCCGAGUCGCACGCGUCGCUGUACCACAACCGCGUCAGCAGAUCCGUCCAGAACCAGACCAGCCCACAGUUUGUUGGUUAUUUUUAUGGCACACCAGGACGUUUCCGAUGUCGGCUGGUACGUUGUGCGCAAGUUCAGGCUCUUAACUUAAAGUUACCCGUCUCUAUAGGAUCUGUCAUCCAUCGGUGGCUUUGAGAAGUUAGACCGACAAAACCAGGUAAUAUGCGGGAGAGAAUUUAGCGCGGAUUCUGGUCAGCAGGGUCUUCCCGUGGUUCGCUGGAGGCUCGUAUGGAUUAACGGGAUUUGAUGUGGACUUUAGGGGAGCCUAAAACUGGGACGACGACCGGGCAGAGCGCUUCCUCUUCGGGAACUCACUGAUCAUGGUCGCUGUGGUCCGCGCACUCAUGCUACUGUGUCUCCAGCAGACGAUGAUAGGAGGUACGUGCGGACUAAUUCCCGAGACCGGUCGCCGGAAAGACGCCAAGUCCGAAGGCUUCCUCAACGACUUCGAACUCAGACUUUUAAACAUGUUUGGACUGAAACGGCGGCCGACGCCGAGCAAAACAGCUAUCGUGCCACAAUAUAUGUUGGACCUUUAUCACUUGCAUACGGAAAACGGUGACCACCGGAGCACGAAGCGGGUCAGAAACGUCAUGGCUGGUCACGCAGAGACAGCAGCAAGCAGAUCAAACACUAUUCGGAGCUUUCAUCACGAAGAAUCCUUGGAGGCGCUCUCCAGCCUGAAGGGCCGCACGACUCAGCAGUUCUUCUUCAACGUCAGCUUCAUCCCGCCGGGCGAGAGCGUGAACGCCGCAGAGCUGCGCAUCUUCCGGGAGCAGGUGCUGGGGAGCGGGAGCGAGGGGCAGCCCGGUUCCCACGGCAACAGCAACGGCAGCGCCGGCGGCGGCGUGACCACGGCGGCACCAAGGAGCGGCGGGAGGCAACACCGCAUCAACGUGUACGAGGUCUUCAGGCCCGGCAGCGGCACGGCUGGCGAACACAAGGAGGCGCUAGUUAGGCUGAUGGACACGCGGCUGGUGCGCGACUCCCACAGCCGCUGGGAGAGCUUCGACGUGGGCACGGCCGUGCAGCGGUGGACCUCCGGGCAUGCGCCCAACCACGGACUCAUGGUGGAGGUGGUGCACCCGGAGGGUGGCUCGGAGGAGGACGGAGAAGGAGGAGAGAGAAAGGAGGAGGAGGAGGAGGAGCAGGGGAGAGAUGGUGCUCACAGGAGGAGGCACGUGCGCGUCAGCCGCUCACUGCACACAGGAGACGAGGACUCCUGGUCCCAAGCGCGCCCUCUGCUGGUGACCUACAGCCACGACGGGCAGGGCAGCGCCAUGCUCCGCUCCCAGCAGCGCGCCCGGGACAAGCGGCAGGCGGUCGGUCGGCGGGCAGGCGGCGGUGGUGGCGGCGGAGGCGGAGGUGGCAACAAGCACCGCAAGAAGCACCCGCGCUCCAACUGCCGCCGGCACCCGCUCUACGUGGACUUCAGCGACGUGGGCUGGAACGAGUGGAUCGUGGCGCCGCCCGGCUACCACGCCUUCUACUGCCAGGGCGAGUGCCCGUUCCCGCUGGCCGAGCACCUCAACUCCACCAACCACGCCAUCGUCCAGACGCUGGUCAACUCGGUGAACGGCAACAUCCCCAAGGCCUGCUGCGUGCCCACCGAGCUCAGCCCCAUCUCCCUGCUCUACCUGGAUGAGUACGAGAAGGUCAUACUCAAGAACUACCAGGACAUGGUGGUGGAGGGCUGCGGCUGCCGCUGAACUGAACUGAACAGAACAGAGAGGCCCGGCUGAGGCCCGGCUGUGGGCCAGCUGUGGGCCGUGUCCAGGACAGUCCCAUCUGCAGUGGUGCCACAUAUCCCUCCUCCAAAAAACUAGUUCCUGCAGUCUGCUGCUUCUUGCCGGAUGUGGCGGCACUACUUCAGGCCGGAUUUCAGUGUCAAAGCUCAGCUCAGUCCGUGUCAGUCCGCCAAAGAUCCACACACAUCACAUUCCCCCAUCCAUCUCUUGGCUCUCUCUCAUCCAUGACCCAUAUUACUGGACCCAGGCAUGGUUGGGAUGGACAGGGUUUUGGACCAAAACUCAUAACUUAUUACUUAAGCAACCAAUCAUAUAUUCUGAUUGGGAUGAGGCGUGGCUGACAAAUGGAUGGGCAUAGUCACGUCCCAGUCCACUUAGAACCAUGCCCACUCUCUGACCUACAGUGCAUUUCUCCAAACCAUUGUUGCUAGCUAUGCCACCCACACCAUUCCAGCCACCUGUGACUGAAACAAAUGAACUACUUACUGUACUUACUAACCAGUGUCCAAUGAAGACUUUUAUUUAUAUGAAUACCAAGAACUUUUUGUAUAAAAAAAGAAACUAAAACAAAAACAAAACAGACUUACCAAAGCCAAACACAAAAAAGGUCAACUAUGGAGGAGAGAGAGAGAGAAAGUAAAGUAUAUAAAAUAGAUAUUUAUGUCAAAAGUUGGAAAAUAAAUGUUUUAAAGAGGAGUAUUACUUCUGAAAUGGUUUUAAAAUAUGUUUUCUGAUGUACAUUUCGAAACCAGUGCAAUAUCAUAUUAAGUAUAAUGCUCAGAUUCUUAUUUUGUAUUUAUUUCUAUCAU